CUUAAGUAGUGAUCUAGUGAGACAAAAUGGGUAGUCCUCUCGCUGUAGUCCUCUGUUUUUUAAAUCACGAAUUCUAAUUUAUCAACGUAACAUUCCCUGACAAACGUUGGACAAGAAUGUGUAACAAUAUACAGUUACACUUACGUGCCAGAUGUGAGCUUGCAAUUUAUUUUUCCUGGAACCAUCAUGCCAUGACAAGCCCGCAGAGGAAACCAGCUUUUAAACGGAGAUAGUGAUCUUGUCUCACUAGAUCACUACUUAAGCCUGAGAGCUGAACAUUUUAUUGUCUUCAUCUGCUGAAUGCGCCGACAAGACAACUCUGACUUCUGAAAAAGAGGUUGUUGAGGUUUUUUAGAGGGAGCCAAGGAUUUCACUUUUCAACUGAACGUAAGAUCUGCUGAAAAUAAGGAGCCGUGGGAACAACCAGAGAGAUCACACUGCAUUCAUACCCAAAAUGGAUUUGCUGCACAAUACCACCGUGGCAAUAAAUGAAACUAACAUGAAUUACUCAUCUUUGAGCCUGUCUAUUGUCAUGAUCAUUGAGAUGAUUGUGGGCCUGCCAGCAAACACAGUAGCCUUGUGGAUUUUCUGUUUCCGCAUAAAAUGUUGGAAACCACACACUCUCUUCCUCUUUAACCUGGUUCUAGCUGACUUUCUGCUUCUCAUCAGCGUGCCCUUCCGCAUCAACAACUACCUCCGGGGAGACUGGGUGUUUGGAUCGGUCUGGUGUCGCAUCAACCUCUUCAUGCUGGCUGUCAAUCGCUCUGCCAGUAUUGCAUUCAUGACAGCUGUGGCACUGAAUCGCUACUUUAUGGUGGUCCAUCCGCAUCACUACAUCAGCCAUUUGACUUUGACUCAGGUGGGUUGGCUCGCAGGCCUGAUGUGGACUGUUGUGAUCGCCCUACGGAUUCCCCUGGUGGCCAACGACCUUCUCCACACCGAUGGCAAAGUCUCCCUGUGUCGUAGCUUCCACUCCUACAAAAUAAUCCCUUUGUCGAUAAAGGUAUACUACGUGGCCUUCACCGCAGAGGUUAUCCUGCCCUGGUUCUUGUUGCUAUUCUGCUCAGGCCAGAUUGCCUUCCACCUGCACCAAAGGCGGAUGGACAGGCAGAAGAGAGUACGGAGGGCCAUACGGGCAGUAUGGGUGAUUAGUUUGGUGUUCACCAUCUGCUUUAUGCCAAGUAUCCUCACAGGCUUGGGUGGGGUGUACAUCAAGUAUUUCCACCCCAUGGACAAAACAUCUUACAUGCUGAUCACCAAGCUCUUUGAGAUGUGCGUUGGCUUCACCUACCUCAACAGUGCUUUGGACCCUGUCAUCUACUCUUUCUCUAGUUCCAGCUUUCGUGAUGCCCUCAGACACCGAAGCUUUGUGAAUAAGAAUGUCAGAUCAGCCAACAACCAUUAACAAAAAUGAUAAAAUACCACGUCAAUUUAUAAUGGAUAAACUACUCCAGAACUAGGUCAUAGGUUCAACCGCCAUUGUUGAAGAGUCUUGAUGGUUAGGGUUAGGAUGCUGAACCACUCUGUAGGUAACCCAGAAACAAAAUGGAGGCCCAGACAUCCCUACCAUUAUAAGGCGGUGCAACACCCAAGCCGUUUUGGACACCACCUAAGCCGAACAAAUGUAAAUUCAAUGUGAGCAUUUAAAUGACUUUCCUCGGAUUGUAGUUGAUCCCCAGAGGACUUCUCUAGAAAGUUUUGUCUUUAAGAUUUUUUAGUGUUUUUAUUUUAUUAAAUUUUUUAUUAUCUCCUCUAGCUUUUCCAAUGAUUUAGACACAGAUAUGAUAAUUAUAUUUGUCCAAAAUGAUGUGGAAAUGCAUUUAUUUUAUUGAAUAAUGUUACAUUUUCUUGAGGGAGGGCCCCAAGUCCUCCGCCAGAUACGUGCACCUAAGUCUUCCACGAACCUAGGGAAACCCCAGGCACGGCUUAAAUAUUUAAACUGCAGUUAUGUGUAUUUAUAUUUUAGAUUGAUGACAGAAAUGCUGCAGGUGUCAUGUUCCUGCUUUUAUUGUGUGUUGUGUGUUUAUUUGCAUUACCUGUUUUAUUUUGAAAUCAUCAGUUGUCCUUAUCCCAGGUCACUUGUCUUCCUCCCGUUGUUUGCUUUCCCGCCUAUUUGAUUACCGUCCCCGCCCCUAAUGUGUUUCACCUGUUUGUUUUCAGCUUCCCCAGUCUCCGUUCAUAAAUACUCGCCAGUCCCACUUCCCAGUGACAGAUUGUAGUUGAACUUAUGUCACUCUCUCCAGCGUUUUUCCCUAGUGUUUGUUUUCCAGUGUUUCUAGACCUUUUGCCUUGGUUAUCAACUACGAGUUUUUGCCUGCCGUUUUUGUACUUCUGCCUGCAUUUUGUUGUGAGAACAAUAACGACUGUUACUUGUGAUACCUCUCAGAGUAGUGCAUUUAAGUCCGCCAUUGUACCGUGUCAGUAGGGAAGUGUCCUGAUAGGGACAGUUCUGUGUUUGCAAGUAUUGGCAGUCACUGCAUUUUUAGAGGGAGCUUUGUUACUACUUCCAUAACAUCAGAAUAUAAAGUGACCAGUGGAGUUUGUUCAAAUGUUCAAUAUUUAUAUUCAAACUGUAUGGUAUGGAUAUCAAUGUCAAUAUAAGCAAUAAAAUGUUGUGUGUUUGUUAAA